GCCCUGGCCAAGUAGGGGCCCGGGUGUCCACUCGUAGCGGCGGGUUAAGCGGCGUCUCGCUAGGGCUGAGCGGUGUCUCUGCUGUAUCCCCCCCCACGACGGCCCCAGGGUGCGGGCCGAGGCCGUGGUCUGGGGCUUAUGGCCCUAGGGCUCCUUCCGAGACUGCGGCUAGAGUGCCGCCCCGGCUCUGCACUUUGGGGCAGAAAGUUAAUUCAGAUUCCGUCUCAGCCGAUAGCUGUUCGAUAGGGACAGAAUACAAGUCACCUAGUACCCAGUCUAAAAAGGCCAUUUAAAAAAAAAAAAAAAAAGGAGGAGGGAGUAGAAAUCGAAUUUAGUGCCUGCCACAUCUUAUUUAACCCGUUACACGCACACUAUUAUCAUCCCAGCACGCAUGUAAAGUAAUGACUGAGCUACUCCUCCCACUGAUCUUGGAACCUGCUGUGGAUUUCACGCCUGAAGCACAUCUCAGUGGGGCUUGUGGCUGCUUCUGGAAAAUGGGCUCAGGUGCCUAUACCUCUGCGCUCCUGGAGGUUUUACUCUAGUCCGAGGAGGCAGACAGUAAACUUAAAAUGUAUUGUUUGUUGGAAGAUCUCUGCCAUGGAAAACAAUAAACACUGGAGAAGCAGAAGUGGCAGGGGAGGAUUACAGGUGGAGAAGGGUCCACCUCCUCCUCGGCCUGGCCUCAGUAGGUCUGGACGCAUCAAGCAUGGCCAUGUUUUCUGAGCAGGCUGCCCAGAGGGCGCACACUCUGCUGUCCCCACCAUCAGCCAGCAACGCCACCUUUGACCGAAUCCCCGUGGUGACUUACACCAACUCGUCCCAGCCCUUCCGACUAGGGGAGCGCAGCUUUAACCGGCAGUAUGCCCACAUUUAUGCCACCCGCCUGGUCCAGAUGAGGCCCGCCCUGGUAAGCCGGGCCAAGCAGCGCUGGGGCGAGGGCGUCAUCGUGAAGAAGCUGUGUGAGCUGCAGCCCGGGGAGAAGUGCUGUGUGAUCGGGACCCUCUUCAAGGCCAUGCCGCUCCAGCCCUCCAUCCUGCGGGAAGUCAGCGAAGAGCACAACCUGCUCCCCCAGCCUCCUCGGAGCAAAUACAUCCACCCGGAUGACGAGCUGAUCUUGGAAGAUGAAUUGCAGCGCAUCAAACUGGAGGGCGCCAUUGACGUGUCCAAGCUGGUCACAGGGACGGUCCUGGCCCUGCUGGGCUCCGCGGGGGAUGACGGGAAGUUCCUGGUGGAGGACCACUGCUUUGCAGGGCUUGCCCCUCAGAAGCCCACACGCCCCCUCGACACAGACAGGUUUGUGUUGCUGGUGUCUGGUCUGGGCCUGGGUGGAGGCGGGGGUGAGAGCCUGCUGGGCACCCAGCUGCUGGUGGACGUGGUGACGGGGCAGCUUGGGGACGAAGGGGAGCAGUGCAGUGCCGCCCACGUCUCCCGGGUCGUCCUCGCCGGGAACCUCCUCAGCCACAACACCCAGAGCAGAGAUUCCAUCAACAAGGCCAAGUACCUGACCAAGAAGACGCAGGCAGCCAGCGUGGAGGCCGUCAAGAUGCUGGACGAGAUCCUCCUGCAGCUGAGUGCCUCCGUGCCCGUGGACGUGAUGCCAGGCGAAUUUGACCCCACCAACUACACGCUCCCCCAGCAGCCCCUGCACCCCUGCAUGUUCCCUCUGGCCACUGCCUACUCCACGCUCCAGCUGGUCACCAACCCCUACCAGGCCACCAUCGAUGGAGUCAGGUUCCUGGGGACAUCCGGACAGAACGUGAGUGACAUCUUCCGGUACAGCGGCAUGGAGGAUCACUUGGAGAUCCUGGAGUGGACCCUGCAAAUCCGCCACAUCAGCCCCACAGCUCCUGACACCCUAGGUUGCUACCCUUUCUAUAAAACCGACCCGUUCAUCUUUCUCGAGUGCCCACACGUCUACUUUUGUGGCAACACCCCCAGCUUUGGCUCUAAAAUCAUCCGAGGCCCCGAGGACCAGACAGUGCUGUUGGUAGCUGUCCCCGACUUCAGCUCCACACAGACCGCCUGCCUCGUGAACCUGCGCAGCCUGACCUGCCAGCCCAUCAGCUUCUCAGGCUUCGGGGCAGAGGAGGAGGACCUGGAAAGCCUGGGUCUGGGCCCCUGACUCACAAAGGCGGCCUUGUCUCGAGAGGCCCCGGCCGUUCCUCCCCUGUGGCGUCAGCACCGUGGCAGCUUUUGCUUUGUAAAUAAAGCCUGACUGUUUACUGGU